GUCCCAUACUCCCGUCCCUAUCCAUAUCGUUGCUGAGAAUAAAGAGGAAGAGAGAGGCGUCUCAAGAGAGAGAGGGUCCUGCGUUCCCUUCUUCUGCUGCGGCGGCGGAGGCUCUUUCAGUUCCAUCCAUCUUCUCCCUCGUGGCUCUCCUUCCUCUCUCCCGUAGUCCCGCCGACCCCCCGCGCCGGCCAAGGAAAUCAAGCGAAAACGCCAGAUUUUGAUUGUUCCACAUCUUCUUUCAUCUCUGAGGGGUUUCCCGUCUUCCUCGCCUGCUCUAAUGGCUAAAGAACAGGAUGGAUCCCCCAAGGUGCGCCACCCAGAAUUCCAAAGGAUGCGCGUAACUCUCACCAUAGGUGUCAUUGGCCUCUGUGUCACAGCAUACAUUCUUGGUGCUUGGCAAGGUACCUCGAACGGCAUUAGUUCCCCCUUAAUAAGUACCAGAACCCAGUGCAAAGAUCCCGUGCGAUCAUCUGGUGCUCGCCUGGAUUUCCAAGCCCACCACCAGGUGGGCUUCAAUGAAUCGGCGCUUGCUGUGGAGAAAUUCCCACCUUGCCAGCUCAAGUACAGUGAGUAUACCCCUUGCCAAGAUCCAAGGAAAGCUAGGAAGUUCCCAAAGAAAAUGAUGCAGUACAGGGAGCGGCACUGCCCAAAGAAAGAAGACAUGCUCCGGUGCUUGAUCCCUGCGCCUCCAAACUAUAGCAACCCCUUCCAGUGGCCAAAAAGUCGCGACUAUGCUUGGUUCAAUAACAUUCCUCAUCGGGAGCUCAGUAUUGAGAAGGCUGUUCAGAACUGGAUUCAUGUCGAGGGAGACCUGCUUAGAUUCCCUGGAGGUGGCACUAUGUUCCCACAUGGUGCCGAUGCUUAUAUUGAUGACAUAAAUGCCCUUGUACCAUUAAAUGAAGGCAACAUCCGAACUGCGCUUGAUACUGGAUGUGGAGUUGCAAGCUGGGGUGCUUAUCUUAUGAAUAGGAACAUCAUCACCAUGUCUUUUGCGCCAAGGGAUUCACAUGAGGCACAGGUACAGUUUGCAUUAGAGCGGGGGGUACCAGCCAUGAUUGGAGUGAUGGGGACUGAGAGAAUCCCAUAUCCGGCUAGAGCAUUUGACAUGGCACACUGCUCGAGAUGUUUGAUCCCAUGGAAUAAGCUUGAUGGUGUCUAUCUAAUUGAAGUAGACAGGGUUCUUAGGCCUGGGGGCUACUGGAUCCUCUCUGGGCCUCCAAUCCAUUGGAAGAGGCACUACCAGGGCUGGGAGAGGACAGAAGGAGACCUGAAGCAAGAGCAAGAUGAGAUUGAGGACUUGGCGAAACGGCUCUGCUGGAAGAAGGUCGUAGAGAAAGGUGAUCUUGCUAUAUGGCAGAAAUCUAUCAACCACGUAGAAUGUGUUGACAGUAGGAAGGUUUAUGAUGCUCCGCAGAUUUGUAAGAGCAAUGAUGUGGAUUCUGCUUGGUACAAGAAAAUGGACACUUGCAUAUCUCCUCUCCCAGAUGUGAAGAGUGAAGAUGAAGUUGCUGGCGGAGUCCUUGAGACAUGGCCCAAAAGAGCAUUUGCUGUCCCCCCAAGAGUAAUCCGCGGUUCAGUUCCAGGCCUCACCCCUGAGAAGUUCCAAGAGGAUAACAAGGUGUGGUCAGAGAGAGUGGAUCACUACAAGAAAUUGAUUCCACCACUGGGCAAAAGACGAUACAGGAAUGUGAUGGACAUGAAUGCGGGGAUAGGUGGCUUUGCAGCUGCAUUGAUGAAGUACCCUCUUUGGGUGAUGAAUGUUGUGCCUUCAGGCUUGGCCCAUGACACCCUGGGUGUUAUUUACGAACGAGGGUUUAUUGGCACGUACCAUGAUUGGUGUGAGGCUUUCUCAACGUACCCGAGGACCUACGACCUCAUCCAUGCUGAUAAAGUUUUCAGCAGUUACCAGGACAGGUGUGACAUAACGUACAUCCUACUGGAGAUGGACCGAAUUCUAAGGCCUGAGGGGACUGUGAUCAUCAGGGACAACGUAGAGGUGUUGGUGAAGGUACAAGCUAUCACUGGAGGCAUGAGGUGGAAGAGCCAAAUCAUGGACCAUGAGUCCGGUCCAUUCAACACUGACAAGAUCCUAGUGGCUGUCAAGACUUACUGGACCGGGAAGCUCGUGCAAAAACAAUAAUCGUCGCCUUGUUACUGUUUUUCGUCUGCGAAAAUGUAGGCAUGACUUGCCUGUCAGUUCUGUCUUCAUUGCCAUUUUUUUAUCCUAACUUCAGGAUAUCUGUAUAUAGGAGGCAUGUGAACCAUGUAGCUGGAAUUGGUAUCAAACAUCAUUAGCCACGUAGCGUAUGUGACACAUUGCAAUGGUGUAUAAGAUGUUCACUCAUAUAUUUGGUGUGAUAUUGCAAUCUAAUAACAUGAUGCUUGGUGUGAAAAAAGGAGAUUGUAAUUGACAA